AUGACGGGGAAUUCAUCUCGACCUUCUUCAAUGUUGUACAACACAUUCACGAUGAAGAAAGUUCGAAUGUUGCGCGUACAAGGGCGGUCGUCAAUUGUGAUCUUCAAGUCGCACACGACUUAUUGGUACAUGAUUACUUCGCCGAUAACUGUCUUUACAAUGAAGACGCAUUCAAACGUCUUCAUUGUAAAGAAGGCGAUAUUUUUACGUAUUAGUAACACUUUAGAAGUUCGUUAUGAUUUUUUCAAACAAAAACCUGACACUAGAGGAAGAAUGGGUUUUAGUAGUAUACAAAAGCAUGCGGCUGCACUUAGGUAUUUGGGAUACAGUAUAGCAUUUGAUGCAUCUGACGAAUAUUUAAAAGUAUUCGAGAGGACCGCAAUUGAUUGUGUAGAUUGGUUUUGCGCAUUUGUAAAUGAGGUUUUUCAUCAAGAAUAUUUGUGUAAACCUACUCCACGUGAUACUGAGAGAUUAUAUUCGACUCAUGAAGAGAGGUAUGGAUUUCCGGGUAUGCUUGGCAGUCUAGAUUGUACGCAUGUGGCUUUGGAAAAAUGUCCAAAUGCAUGGCGUGGUCAAUUCACUCGAGGAGAUAUAGGUGAACCAAAUAUAAUCCUAGAAGCUGUCGCAUCUCAGGAUUUAUGGAUAUGGCAUUCUUUUUUUGGGGUCGCAGGGUCUAACAACGACAUUAACGUUCUUGGUCAGUCUUCACUUUUUAACCAUCUUUGGACCGGCGAAGCACCUGAUCUGAUGUUCACGGUGAACGGACAUUCUUACAAAUACGGUUACUACCUUUAUGAUGUGAUAUACUCGGAUUAUUCUACACUUAUGAACGCAUAUUCGAUUCCUCGAAGUGAAAAGGCAAAGUUGUUUACAAAGAUACAGGAAUCAACGAGGAAAGAUAUCGAAAGGGCAUUUGGAGUCCUCAAGCAAACGUGA